GGUGGCUUCCCGCUGAGCGGACUUAAUGCACCAUGAUAUGACACAGCUAUGACGGUCAUUUGGGGAGACGAGUAACCUUGUAUGCCUUAAAGAUAUUCAAAAGAUGUGUAUAAAGAGAGACUUCCUCCAAAAAGCAGAUAAACUCAAUCUAAAUAGCAAUUCAUAAAAAGAUAGAGUUAAACAAUCAACACAAUGUUAUCCUUCAAAUCCAUAAUCGCUCUCAUCCUCACCCCGAUGAGCUUGGCUACUAAAGUCCAGCAUCUUGCAACGCCACUCUCAUGGGACGUCUUCCACGCCCCCGAGCUUCCAGUUGUUGAUCCGCCACAUAACUACACCAUAUCUCCUACUUCUUUUACACUCCUACACGGCCAGUCGACCGCCGUCCUCGUUGAUGCUCCGGUCAACAUCGAAACCUCCCAUGCACUAGCAGACUGGGUUUCUGAAAUUAUCGGCAACAAAACUCUAACCCACAUUUAUGUUACUCACGGCCAUGGCGACCAUUUCUUUGGCAUCCCAGUUCUCCAACAACGUUUCCCUGGUGUGAUCGCUGUAGCCACUGAACGAACUAUCGCACAUGUAGCCGAACAAUUGAGUUAUGCAGAAUUUAUCGAGUUCUGGUCUGCUACAUUUCCUGAUCAGAUACCUACCCAGAAUGAAACGAUUCAGCCGUUACCUCUCAAUGGAAAAUUUUACCUCGAGGGUCAUUUGCUUCAGGCUGUCGAAGUUGGACAGUCGGAUACAUAUAACACGACUGUUUUACACGUUCCUUCUCUAGAGCUCGUGAUAACUGGCGAUGCCGUGUAUGGAGAAUGUUUCCAAUAUCUUGUUGAGACCAAUACCGCGGAAUUAAGGGCAGAGUGGAUAAGAGCUGUUGAUAAGAUCGAGAGUUUACGACCAAAGAUUGUGGUGCCAAGUCAUAAGCAGAUCUGGGAUGGAUAUGGGACAGAUCAUUUUGAGAAGACUAGACAGUAUAUCAAAGAUUGGGAGACCUUGCUCGAAGUUGCAACGAGCGCUUCGGAUUUGAAGGAGAAAAUAAUCGCUUUAUAUCCACAGAGAGUUGGGGACUGGAUCUUGGGAAUUAGCAUUGACGAGGUUUUUCCUAACCAGAACAGUGUGAAGGGAAGGGAUUUCUUUCCGGCUCCUAGGACUUAGUAGAUACGAAAGGAUGUAAUCUGCUCGAUGUAAUCAGGAAAAUAGAGAGCAAUUGAAAAGGGGCCAAGUUAAUUUAUUGUCAACCUCA